GCCAGAGGAGGAAGGAAAGCAAAAGGAAAAAUGUACAGAAGCAAAACCCGCUUUGACGCUGAGACAAGUGAUAUGCCUGGUAGCGAUAGGCGGUACCAACCUCCUGAACGGUAUGAUGUCCGGCUGGACCGCGGUUUUGCCCAAAAUACAGGAAGACAAAAGCCGAUUCACGGUGACGGACGACGAUGUGGCUUGGAUCGUUUCCCUGAUGUUCAUCAUGGGCUUCGUGAUCUCCCCCCUGGCGGGUUUUGUAGCGGAACACGUGGGUCCGCGGCGUCUGCUGGUCAUCACGAUGUUCCCUGUGGCUGGGUUCUGGCUCCUGCAAGCAUUCAGUCCCUACCUGUGGCUCCUGUACCUCGGCAGGGGCCUUCUCGCGUCCACUGCCACAGUGACUUUCACAAUAGUGCAGCCGUUGGUAGCAGAGCUCUGCCCUCCGAGAAUCAGGGGUCUGGCUUCGGUCCUGCCAGAGCUAUUCGGCUGCGUUGGACUGCUGGCGUCCUACCUGCUGGCUUCUCUGCUGUCCUGGGACAUGGCUACUGCUAUUUCCGCUGCCCCGUUCUUGCCCUUGUCUCUGAUGAUACUGCUUGUGCCAGAGUCACCUUACUGGCUUGUGAGAAAGAAUAAGAUCGACGCAGCUGAGAGAUCUCUAAGACUUCUGUUGGGUCGUGACGGCGAUGUGGCUCAAGAACUGGAGGCAAUUAGGAGCACGACGACCCAGCGGCAGUGUGAAGUUAAGGACCAGGUAAGAGAGCUUCGCAAAGCCCAGAACGCUAUACCUGUUGUUUUGAUGCUCAGUGUGUUCAUGCUGCGAGAGCUCGGCGGGAAAGGGCCGGUCUUCAGCUACACUGUGUACAUAUUCCGCAACGCAGGAGUGCAGCUGGACGUAUUCUACUGCACAGUUUUCGUCGGUGUUGCUCGACUUGUAAGCACGUGCGUGUCUGCUUGCUCUCUGGACCUUGUCGGUCGCAAACGCCUUCUCGUCGCGACGGCAGUGAUGUGCACAGUGUCGGAGGGCGUCGCCGGAACCUUCCUCUUCCUGGAAGUGGAGGGGGCCACAUGGGUGCCCCUGGCAUCUGUAAUUGUCUUCGUGAUCGGCUAUGGGGUUGGUCUCGGACCCGUUCCCUGGACAUACCUCGGCGAACUCCUGCCGACACCCGUCAGGUCUCUAGGAGCUGCUUUGAUCACCUUUAGUUACUCCAUUAUUUACUUUGUCGUAAACUUGUUGUUCCUGAAAGUGAUCUCUUCCCUCGGCCUGGGAUUGACGCUGUUGAUAUUCGGCACAGCAAAUCUGGGUAUCGCCAUGAUAGUCCUGUUAUUCAUUCCCGAGACCAAAGGGCGGACUUUGCAAGAUAUGGAAAAGGCCUUCUCAUCCGGGAGUAAGGGCAAGACAUCCCAGCCAAUCCAGACUGUCGCUGGACUGGCAGAGAUGAGGCAGACCGUCUUGCAAGGGAACAAAAGGAACGAAGGAAUUGAAGACUGUUAUUAGGCAGACCGUCUUGCCAGGAAACAAAGGAAACGAAGGAAUUGAACUGUUAUUACUGUCGUUAUCAAUACCAAUGGUCCUGUCAUUAUUAAUAUUAUCAUGACCAUUGCUAUCUUUACCAUUGUUGUAUAAUUGUUAUAACUCUUUUCAUUAUUAUAGACAUUCCUGUUAUUAUAAUUAUUUAAGUCCACACUCAUUGUUCUUGUUAAUUCAAGGAUUCGGAUUAUGAAUGUGAAACCAGUAUACCUCUGGCAAGUCUCAGUUUCUUGAAGCAACCUUUCUGCACUUUUAUCACUGAACAAAUGGAAGAUACGAAUGCAGAAAAUGUAGUUUCGAUGGCGUAUUAUAACCAGGGCAUUCAUAACAAUUGAUAAAUUAAUUUUUAAAACAUGAUGACCAUUUUACUCGCAUCCUAAAAUACACACCGAACUGCUAAAUUAAUUUCUUAAAUUAGAAAAUCAUUGCUUUUACAAAUCGGAUCCUUAAACCCGACUUUAUCUGAAGUGUUGGCAUAAAGAACAUACUCAAUAAUGGUCCAUUAAUUGCAGCGUGUGACCUUCGAGUAAAUGAAUCUCGUGGCAGCCAAUUCGACCAUGAUAAUAUUCUCACCUUGUUCGCCUGUUCCACUUGCACAAGAAACUACAUGAAGAUUACAUGGUAUAGACAACUUGCGGUCCAUUUGGAAUAAUAACUUCCAAACAAACUCAGAAAAGUGUUCACGCUCCUGAGAUGUAGAUUCAUAUAUCUCUCCUAAUAAAGAGUGUGAACUGUGCAACUAUUAUGAUUAUAAACGGUACGUUGUUUUCUGUGCAUGGCAAAUUAACACUGAUGCUGUUGAGAAAUCAACAAUUAAACUCUUUGUAGUUUGGUUUAAAUUUCAACCCAAAGACAUCAGGAAGUUCCGAUGUCACAACAAAAACAGGUACUAUAACUGCAAAGGAAAAAUGCUGAAUAACUGAACUGAUGUAAAUUUACAUAGAAUAGCAUAAUAGCACCGAAGAAUUUGGAACAAUGUUCUGCUGAUACUUAGAACUUAACCAACAUAAUUACACACAUUGGGGAGCCAUUUCUAUUUUUCUCUUAUUUUUUAUAC